AGGAGCUUCUCGUAUCGAGUCCUGGAACCACCACACUUUCACACGCUGCUGUUGGAAAAAAGUUCCACAGGGAAUCAUCAGCAAGCUCCGUGGAUCUGCACGCCCUUGGCUCCCUCCUCUGCUCCUUCCUCUCUGCCCUGAAAGUAGCCGCAUUUGACCAAAAUGCGGUUACAGCAGGGCUGAAGGAUAUGCUGCUGGUUGAGGCUACUGGACGGGAAAAUGGGAAUGGGGGAGAAAAGGGGGGAGAAAGGGAGACGGAAGUAGGAGUCGGCAAAGUUCCGCCCUCCCUACACCUGCAACCCCAUCAUCCGCUUUCACCGCUUAUCCCACUGCAAUCCCCCUUAUCAUCCGCCUCGGUACAAGCACUUCCACCAAUGCAGUUCCAAGCACCUUUUGCAACCUGCUCGUCAAGAAAGGUGGACCAUCCUGGCCGUUACUGGAGCCCCUUAUCCGUCCUCAACACACCAUCUUAUGCAUCUGACGCAUCGUCGGAAGGAAGCUCGCCAUUCACAGAGAAGAGGUGAAGAGGGGUGAAUGAAGGGGGGAGGGGAGGGGGGAGGGGAGGGGGAGGGGAGGGGGGAGGGGAGAGUGGGGGGGAAGCUUGCCAUCUUGGGCGUCUGACUGUCAUAUCAUUGGAAGAAGGCUCACCGUUUUCAAGCCAUCUCGGUGUGGUGGAGACCUCCUGACAACCGCACAUGGUAGAGUGACGACGAGCAUACCUCAUGCUUUUGGUAUUUUCAAGGGAUGUAGUAUGCUCAAUCAGGGCGUGGUACCUUAGAUCUCUAACUCCCAGGGGUGUUCGAAUGGAGGUGAGUGGUACGAUGACUUAAAAAACGGGUUAGAUAUGAUUCAGUUCGACAAACGCGAGGUUUUAGUGUGGUGGAGCUUCGUUCUACUUUGUUCGAGAUCUAAGGUACCACACCUUUAGAGGUUCGUAGUGUUUGCGUUGGGUGAUGUUUUACUGUGGCAGAAUGGCUAGGUGACCACCAUUGAUAGUGCGAAAUGUUUAUGAUUGCGUAGUUUACUUGCAUAGUAUUUUCUUACCUUAUAUUUCACACUUUACAGCAGUGCCAGAAUACAUCAACUAAAAGCAUACCGCGGAUAAGCUAAUCUCACACAAACCACAGUUCUCUGUGGCAUGGUCAAUUUGCUCUGGCUGUACGCCACGUGCCUUGUCGGACUGCCACGUCACGCACCUUCCCCAUGAUCGCGCAAUCCCAGCUCGCCGCAAUCAGCGGCGGCAGCACCGUCUGGGCAAGCAGCCGGCGCGGCUCGACGCGGAACCCGCUCGUUCAGUCUCGCCGCCAAGGGACCCCAUUGUUGCACCCGCGAAUUUCACAGGCUAAGUCAGCAAGCACGGUCGCAGCGCAAGCGCAAGCACAAGCCCAAGCGCAAUCGCGUGCAAUCUCUUCUACUGCCGAUGGAGUUCCCAAGGUCGCUUUUGAGGCACCUCAAACGCAAGCCCGAGCGCAAUCGCGUGCAAUUUCCGAUGGAGGCUCUCAUACUGCCGAUGGAGUUCCCAAGGUCGAAUCGUCCCAAGGUCUUAUCCGCAAUCAUCAGCACCCCUUUCUUCUCAACGGCUCUGAUGACGUCACCGCGCCAGAGCAUCUAGUGGCGGAUAACUCAAUAUCGCGACGUUCUUUUGUGGCGCUAUCCGCCGUAUUUCCCGCUCUCUUACUCGCACCGCCCUCCACGUCAGCAUCCCCAGACUCCACGUCAUCCUCCGCUGGCAGCGCCAUUAUCCCCUCGUGCCCCCAAGGAUCCACGGUGGAGAUUCAAAUCGGCGAUAACUGCGGGCUCGGAGUCGCGAUUUACCCCGAUUUUAGCUACAGCCCCGGCGGCGUGGGCGGGGGAGGCGGCUCGGGAACCGCGACUGAUUUAGACGACGGUUCGGAUCGCAUUGAGAUAGUAUUCGACCCCGAGACGCUGUUCAUCCCCCCCCUGCAGUACAACACGACGCGGUUCCUCGGGCUUCCGCUCCCCCCGCCGCUUAAGAUUGAGAUCGCCCCCGCGGCGCUGAGGGGCUACCUGGAGAGGUCGACUGGCAAGGUGGAGCUUACCUUCAUCUCGAAAUUCUUCUUUACAGCUGGACCCAUCUACACUGCGCCACCACUUACUGUAGAAACAAUCCUAACCACAGAAAUCUCGGGGGGCCCAUGCGCUCAGCACAAGGCUCAAGACUUGAUGCGUAUGGGAAAUGCACAUUGGUGGGAGUGGCACGCGUGCCUCCUGUCAACGACGCCUUCCUCGAUACCUUCCUACUGUUGCCUACGGAUGUUGUUGCAAUUCUGCCAGCAGAGCUCUGGUUCAAGCCUGCUAGAGCAUGAGAAAGCUGUUGGCUUGCAUAUCAAGCAUGCUGAUUUAUGUUUUUUAAAGCUUGCAAUUGUUCUACAUUUCGUUUUGGCUUCCUAUUUUAGUUAGACUUGGGAUGAAGUGUUCGU